UUAACGGUCGUGAAAAAGAUGCGAUUUUCAAAUUCAAGGCUUCGACAGUUUAAACAUCAUGGCGUGAAGUAACGUCGAUGUUGGAUAUCCCGACUUUGACGAUUUUCACAGAAAUUCUAGAAAUAGGAUCUUGAAAGUUGAUAAUUAUUUCAAGUUGAUAAUACGUGCUGGUGUGAAAAUUUACAAGAGAAACGAUAUUGAGUGUCAGAAUGGCUUCAUUAUCACUUUUGGCUUCUUAUGAUGAGCUGGUGAGAUGCACGAAUGCCCUGAUAAAUGGAUCCCGUGAGGAAGAAUUCUUACAAUUUACCCUAAACCAAGAAGAAAUGAGACAGAAGUGGUUAGCGUCGGUACAAGAAUGCCAACGUCUUCAUUCAGCCUUGGAUAAAGUUCAUCGUAACAAUAACAGUCUCGAGAGGAAAUUGGAUCAUGCUAGAAGGAACUUGGAAGAAGAAAAAUAUAAACGUCGUGUUGCAGAAGAACAGAAAAAUUCAUUGGAAAGACAAAUUACUAUGGCCAAGGAUCUCUUGUUUAAUGACGGUGGUAGAAACAUAAAUGAUGAGACUAGAGAAAAGCUACAGUUUCUCAACAAUACUACUCUGAAUCGUCAAAGUAACAUACAUGUGCAAGAUAUGCACAUAGAUAAACUUAACACAAUAGCUGAACUAGAUUCUACAGGUUCAAUACUGAGCGACCUUAAUUGUUUGUCAAAGACAGAAGAUGAUUUAGAUACUAGUGUUAUUUUACAAAAUCAGAAGAAACGAGAAUUAAAAGAGCGACGACCUAGUGGUGAAUAUUCCGCAAAACAACGUCGCAGUACAAUACAUAAAGUCGCAGAAUUAAAUUCAUCUGAUAAGAUAGUAGCGACUACUACUGUAGUUAUGCCGAAAGAUGGUGCAAUUACCGCAUCAUCUACAAUUGAAGCUAUACCUGGCGAUGAAAAUAUAGAUCCUCAGACUCCUUUGCGUAAUUCACGUAAACGACGUAAGAGUAACACAAAAUGCGACAGACCCAAAUUAUCACACAUAGAUACAAACGAAAUGCCGAUAGAUACAGCGCCGUCAGCACCAAAGGCUGAUAUUCUUAUAUCAAGUUCAGACACAGAGGAUGUUUUUAAGCCAAGCCCAAACAUUGGUGGAUAUACUUUAAAUACCAAGAUGUCUAGAACUCAUAAUUUCGAAGCCAAAACUGUUAUUAAAAAAGAAACGUGCACACCAUGUGGUAAAAGUAUUCGAUUUGGGAAGAUUGUACAGAGAUGUAAAGAUUGCCGAGUUAUGGCUCAUACUGAAUGUAAAAAUUUAGUACCACUGCCGUGUGUCCCAACGGGAAAUACACCUACAUUACGUGGUAUACCCGGUACUAUAGCUGAUUAUACACCCAUGACACCACCAAUGGUGCCUUCUAUAGUAGUUCACUGCGUUAACGAGAUCGAAUUACGUGGAAUGAACGAACAAGGUUUAUACAGAGUGAACGGCGCAGCCGCUGAUGUUAAGUGUCUGAAGGAAAAAUUCCUGAAAGGCAAAGGUGCUCCGAAUCUUUCCAACGUUGAUAUUCCGACCAUAUGUUCUACCUUGAGAGAUUUUCUCAGGUCACUACGUGAGCCGCUGAUCACUGUCAGUUUGUGGGCGGAUUUUGUGCGCGCGACGAUGAUAACGGAUAAACAAGAUGCUGAUGCUGCUCUUUAUCAAGCAAUUUCAGAACUACCACAACCGAAUCGAGAUACCCUGGCCUUCUUGAUGUUACAUUUGCAAAGAGUAUCAAGUAGCCCAGAGUGCAAAAUGCCCAUCAGUAAUCUCGCCAAAGUCUUUGGACCGACUUUGGUCGGUUACAGAUCCCAAGAACCUUCUCUCGAUAUGCUCAGUGAAACCAAGCAUCAAGUCGCGAUAGUAGAAAAUCUACUUCAAAUCCCAUCGGAUUAUUGGGAUAAUUAUGUGAACCCAGCAAAUACAAACGACAUAUGCACUCCGAAAACAGGAGAAUUAAGGCACACGCCAUCCACAGAGUCGCUUCUUAAGCGCACUACUUCCCGCAGUUUCUUCAAUACUCCACUUGCUGCCAGUCGUACUUUUGCGAGAAGAAACAAGAAAUAUUUUGCUACACCACCUUCUAGAGCAGGAUUCUAACGAGUAAAUUUAUGUUUAUUGUAUUAACCGGAAAGAAAAAUUUUAUGUUUGACAUAUUUGUGUGUACA